AUGUCUGCCGCCGUGCACACACCCACUAUCGACCUCCUAGAGACGGAGUUAGCAAGGGCUAGGAGUGCCCUAGAUGAAGUCCAACCAAAUCCACUCCACCUAUUGUCCCUUGACGAUGUCACAACAGGGGCGUUGGCUGCUCACAAGAAGAAUCUCAUCAGCUAUCGCCAUGACUUUUUCGCCGCCAGCGGUCGUCUCACUGCAAAGGAGUUAGGACUUAUCUCUGUCCAAGAAAUUACUCUCACCCCAGAAGAAGAGGGCUGCCCACCGCUACCUGUCAUACCCACUAAUAUAUUCGAUCUCCUUGCCAACAAUGUGGUUUUGCAUCACUUGGUACCUUUGCUGCCCGUCUCGUCAUUGAUGGGUUUGGCCUCAACGAGUAAGGCAGUACGCUCCGUCAUCAUGGAGACCCCCUACGUCUUCAGACAUCUCGAUCUGAGUACAUGUCGAGUAGCUCAAAUUGCCGAAAGACAAGCUAUUGACGCAGGUGGUGAGCGCUGGAGAAACGAGAGAAUGGACGAGUCCGUGACUGAAGAUGAGUUUUAUGCCGGGCCACUCCGAGGAAUCUUCUCUCGUCUCGAGCGACAGUCACUUCUGGCAAGUGUGCGCACAUUGGUAUUGGACGGGUUAUCUGUUCCGGCGGAUCUCGUUGCUGAUAUCAUCUUGACUGACCGAUUCAAUGUGAACAUUCUUUCGAUCCGGGAAUGCACUCAUCUCAAUGAGCGGAAGCUCAUGCAGACGCUGGAAUAUGCCGUGCGGCCAACUCGGCCGGCAGGAACCCCGAAAUUGAAGGGUAUUUACUAUUUCACGCGAAAGAAAUCAACUGAGAAACCACACAAUUAUCGAGGACCAUCCCGUCGAGAAUGGUGGCAGUCACGGGUUGGUGGUCAGGUAGCACCAGCCCCAACGCCUGAUCCAGACCAACAAGACGAGCAUCUUAACGAGUGGUACAAACCAUCCGGCAAGAUCCUGAAAGCCAAUCUUGAGUCUGGCUGGGCUCAGACAAUCAAGAAAUGCGAAGGCAUCAUUUCCUUUGACGCGAUAUUAUGUCGAGGUCCCAGGCAUAACAUUGACCUCUACUCCUCGACCAACAAGACCCAACCCUGCCCAAAAGGACCGCUGCUCCCUGCAGCCAUUGCUACAGUCUCCCUUGGACCCCGUGGCUGUGAUGGUUGCCGUACAUCUCCCGAGGGUCCCGCCAUCUGGGGCGAAUCGUCAGACUCUCAUUUCCCUCUCCUUAACCCUCUACCUCUCUACGCCUCCAACAUUACCGACGCAAAACGACCGGUGCCGCGAAACGAGACAGCCGUCAUGAUUGCCCGGUGCACAGAUUGCUUGCAGAGUCGAUGGUGCCAUCAAUGCCACAAAUGGUUUUGUUUCAACUGCCUACCGAGCCCGGAGGAGGCAGUAACUCGCCUUUCGCCUCACCAGACUGUCAUCCGCAGACCAGGGGCAAACGGACAGUCUAGAGAUCUCUCCCCGGAAAAGUUGGGUCCAGGCGUGAGCCGAGAUUGUUGGGAAUGUGGGCCUACUUGCGCAAGCUGCAAAGUUGACCGUCAACGUAGUUGCGUUACCUGCUACGGCGAGUAUUGUCUCAAGCACAACGAUGGAUGUUCGUCAACAAAGUGUGACUGGUGCAACACGAGUUCCCGACGACUCGGUAGUGACCUCUACUAG